AUGACCAGGAAACUACAAAGCACAACUCUGGAGGAUGGCAGGAGUAGAAAGAGGGUUCUCAAACCAGUGGUGGAAAAGAAGAGAAGAGACCGAAUCAAUCAAAGUCUGGCUGAACUGAGAAGUUUGCUGUUGAACCACACGUCUGAUCCACGGCUUCAGAAUCCUAAGAUAGAGAAAGCAGAGAUUCUCGACUUGGCUGUGGAAUAUGUUCAGAAGUGGACAGAUGGGAGGACACUCAGAAAGGACUGCAGUCACAUGAAGACUCAUGCUCCUGUGGUAAGCCUUCAUCGCCCAGAGUCCAACGCUCCCACUCUCUUCACCAUUGAGAGUGCAGGUUUUCAGCAAUGUGUGGCCCAGCUGGCCAGCUACAUGCACAAAAUAACACCAGCACAGAGAAGCGGCCUCAUCGAGGGGCUGAAACAUCACACAGAGAGCCAGCAGCCAAACAAACCAGACUUCAACCACAGGGUGACGGACACCGAGGUGGCCAAAGGGCCACAUGGAAUAUCUGCGGAUGUCAUUUGCACAUCUGAGAGGAAAGGGGAGUCUCCAAAGUUUCCAUCUCACUCCCCCUUUCAGCCCCUCUCUUGCUCCACACCGUUCCACGACUACCUGUCCCCUCCUCCCUCUCCCUGGCUCUCCCCUUCUUUCUCCACUUAUGCCACCUCUUCUCCUUUCCCGUCAUUUGCCUCUCACUUCCCGUUCCCCCCCAGCCUGUCACCUCUGUCUUCCAACACCUCCUUCUUCAGUUUCUCGCCCACGGCCUCUCACUCGGGCCCUCCUGCCCUCCACUGCCCCCCUCUCCUCACACUGAGAUCCCCUCCACACCCUGCACCGAGGGAGGGGUCAUCACCAAAUUCCUCUUCAACCAUGUGGAGACCUUGGUUUUGA